ACAUACAUUGUUGAACUGAGUGGACAUACGUCGUAGUUUGUUUUUUAUUUUGUGAUUUAAUAUUGUUCCGUAUAAGCAUGUUUUGCGAAUUACCUGAGUUUGGAAGAUGUUGCUUCUGCAUGCCCCUAAGAAGGGGUAUAUUGGUUUUCGGCUAUUUGAAUAUUCUCUUUUCAAUGUUCAUGGUCGGUCUAUACAGCUACUCAAUCCACCACAACUCAGAAUUCGUGUUAUUGUAUCACGGCGGAACAAUAACAGUUGACAGUGAACUUUGCAUUGCGAUAUACUGCGCGGAUGUUAUGUUCAAUAUCUUAUUGGUAUAUGGAGCACAUAGGGUAAUAUUCCUUAAAAAUAUUUCAAUAAACUUAAGUGUAUAUGUAUUUAUGUUCACAAAGCAAAUUAUGCUAAAGCUACAUUUCGAAAUGAAAAUCAUGUCUUAUUUACGAAUAUUUUACUACUACACCAUCGCUACCAUUCUGGCCUCAGUGUUACUGGAGGUAAUGUCGUGGGUCUAUUGGCACAUAUCUAUGGAACUUUUGCCGGUAAUCUUCGUGGGAAUAUGCUUGAAUCUCUAUCUACUCCUUCUUGUGAAGAGUCUCUUAAAGAAAAUAGACACAUCUGGACAUACCUAUGAGAACCAACUGCAUCAAUUCAUAAACGGGGAGUGUAAAGUUGAUGUAAAUGGAGUAUAUCCUAGCACUGUUGUACCAAAUGAGACUGCUUAGACUAUAUAUUGUAUUCUAACAUUUUGUGGUAUGUUUUUUUGCAAAAAUCUAAUAGUCCCAAGAUACAUUUAUAGAUAUUGGUUAGAAUGUAAAAAAGGCGAGUUUAGGAAAAUAAUUUUAUUUAUAAUUUUGUAUUGUAUUUGUAUUUGUAAAUGCUCGCAAUGUGUAUUGUCAAUUUAACGGACGAAAAACGAGUCGUAAAUUUGUAUUUUUUAAAAUAUCAGUUUUACAAUCUCUGCGAUCUUAGAGCUUAUUAGUUUAUUAGUUGAAGUGAAACAGAGGCUUAAGGCAUAUAGCUUAUCAGUAGCUUAUAUGUGAGAUAAAAUUUAUCAGCUAUUGUUGAAAUAGGCCCUGAUGUGAAACGAAAUAUUUGUUUGUCGAUUGUUAAUUUGAGUUCGUGGCAUUUGUCCACUGUUGCAAGCGCCAUGUCACUGCUAAUACGAGUAAACAUAUAGAUUAUACAGAGUGUUAGACACCUAACUACGUUCCUUUAAAUGGUGUGUGGUGUUAUAUCACAGGUCACGUUCCACAUAAGAUCCUAGCUAUUUUAAAUUUUACUUUGUCUUAAUAUACGAGCUACUCUGGUAAAGUACUUCUGCGUAACCGUCCAAUGAGCGCGUAGCCAUGGCUAUAAUUUACGAUGAAUAACAUUCUACAUUCUUUAGUUGUAUUUGUCAUUUAGUAAUUAAUUUCCUUUCACAGACGUAUUUACGUACUCACGAAAAGAAUAUAUGAUGCAGAACGAGUCUAUCAACGUAGCCUAUAUUAGCCUCUAUUAAGCAGUCAAAUUUAAAAAUUAGCUAGGUUUUUUUCCACGUGGAACCUGGUCUAUUAAUGGACCACCUACAUAAUCCCCAAUUUUAAGGAACGCAUUUAGAACUCGAACACCACGUGUAUGUAUGCUUAUCUUGUCAAAAGCCUUAACUAUAACAUUGAGUUUAUUUACACAUUUAUUUAUACUUUCACAGAGCGAUGGAAACCAAAGAUUUAUUUAUGUUAUUGUUUACUAUUUUAUGUUUUAGUUUGGUUAGUAAAUUAUAAAUAAGGGUAACAUUUGACGACGACAUUGGAGCAGAGAUUAUAGUACUGGCUAAUUUUAAAAUUUUCCAUGUACGAUUGCGGGUUCGAUCUCGCACAUGGAGUUUUUUGUAAAGCUCUAAAAAUGUUCUUCUCGGUGUAGGCGUUUAGGGUUGAGCGUGAUUCCGUAGCACUAACGUAGGAUUUAAAUCCUAGUGAGGGCCGCUGAGUGUAAAGCUUUAAAAAAACAAAGUGACGAUGGAUAAAAGUCCAAUUCUUCUCUUAAUACUGUGUAUCUUUAAGUAGCUGGCUGUGUUUUUAUUUUAAAAAAAAUAUUGUAUGUUAAAAUAUAGUAAAAAACAAUAAAGAAAUAUAAAACAAA